AUGAUUGAGAGCAAACAUGAGAGGUCACAGGCCUACGGCAGGGUUGUGCAACAGAACGACAGAAGACAAUGGCUGAGAAUCUGCGUCACAGAUUUAUCAAUGCAGUUUUUCCUUUCUCUUCCUGUUCAAACUCCUGUAGCAGCACCUCAGCAGAACAAUGAUAACAUUAAUAUCGUCCUUCUGGGGAAAACUGGAGUUGGGAAAAGUUCAUCAGGAAACACCAUCCUGAGAGAGAACAGAUUCACGUGUGGAAGAAGUCUGUCUGCUUUUACAAGUAUAUCUAGUGUUGAGAGAUCACUGAUUGAUCGCAGAUCUGUGUCUGUUAUUGACACUCCUGGGUUUUUUUGUACUAAUCUUUCCCAUGAGGAGCUGUCGAGGGAGUUUGCGAGAAGUGUGUUUCUUUCUGCUCCAGGAGUUCAUGCCUUUUUAUUCGUUGUGCCCUUUGGCAGGUUCACAAAGCAGGAGGAAGACAUAUUGAAAAAAGUGAAAGGGGUUUUUGGUAAAGAUGUCCUGAAACAUGUUAUUAUCCUCUUCACAUACGGGGAUGAAUGUAUCAGAGAGAGAAUACAGACAGAGAUUGAUGGGAAUGAAGUUGUCAGAAAAGUUGUUCAGAGUUGUCAGGGUUAUCAUGUCUUCAAUAACAAAGAUCUGAAUGACAGACAGCAAGUCACUGAUCUACUGCAGACGAUUGACAGAAUGACAGAGAGGAAUCAGGGCUACUACACCAAUGAGAUGUAUGAAUGGGCACAAAAGACCACAUGGGAAAAAUUCUGGAAAAUACUUAAGGACUUUUUUUAUGCUGUAAUUGACUUUUUCCAGAACCUGGCUAACAGUUUUGAUAAUAGCCACUGGAGACAAAGAAUGACUCCAUACAUGAGACUCUAAAGAACUAAGAAUUCAUUUUAUUUGCUUUAUGUUAUGAAACAUGGUUAAAUAUAACCUAAAUGUGGGUGACAUUCUACUCUGCUUAUGGGGGGAAAUUAUGUAUCAGAGCAAAAUGAGAAAUUAAUUCAUGCAACACAAUAUUUUAGCUAUAUUGUACGUUCACAUGUUUGAAAAUAUGGCUGUUAAAUUUUAAAACAGAUCAUUUUUUUUAUCAGAAAGUAUACAAGAUACUUCUUUAUCUUUACAUGUUUCAUUCAUUAAAAAGAGUCUUGUAUAAAUAGAUCCUUACUAAACUAUGAAUACAAAAAAAGUCUUGCAGCAGACAUUUCAUGCCUUAAUGCACAUUCAGCCG